GCGUUACUUUUGUUACGUUAGCCAGCACUGUCUUCACAAACUCGUGGUGCCCGACUAAUUGUUUUUGUUGCGCUAAUCUUUGUUUCGAUUUGAUGUGAGAAACUUCACCUGUGGCUGGAAAGUGUCGCUCGGAACGCAGACACCAUGUCGAUGCGACGCCAGCGCAUUAAGGCUCCGGCCAAUCUGUCGCUCAUUAAGCGCAAACCGCGCAAGGAAGAAUUGCCUGUUCCCAAGGAAGAUCCCGAGGUGAAGAAUGGGGAGGCGGCGGCGCCGGAUGAGCAGACGGUGGAGCCGGAGGUUGCUGAUGCAACGGCCUUCAAGAUGCCAGUCACCUCCGUCGGUCAGCUAGAGGAGGUCUUCCACUCGGAUCUGGAGGACAAUGUAAUACAGAUAGACUUGCAAAAAACCUCCGGAGGCUUCCCCAUGUCGCCAAGCAAAGCCCAAGCCCGCCAGCGUGUGCGCCCCACCCCUGUGUUUGGGCAGCGGCGCAACAGCUUUGUUGGCUCUCCUAUGGCCUCGGACUAUGAUGGCGAGUACCAGUCCCCGGCCACGCCCACUCGGAGGGAGCGGUACCUCAGCGGUUCUUCGUCGGGAACACCACUGCAACAGGUUUCAUCGCCUAUGCCGCCAUCUCCCUACAAAUAUUUUCCACCCGUCAUGAGCCCUGGGAUGGGACGUAUCCGUACUGAGUCCACCUGUUCCACCUACUCGGAAGGAGGCAGCAAACGUAAGGGCGACGACAAGGCAGCGGGUCAGUCUGCACAAUCUGGGCAACGGGUAAACGCUAGGCGAGACUUUGAGACGCGCUUUCACAAGGGUGUGCCCGACAAGUCAACCUUCAAGAUGUUGGACAUGAUCUUCUACAAUCCAGGAAAUAACCCUAUGAAGCCAAAACAGGCUAUUACCACCAUCAAGGACGAGACCACCGGAGAAGAAGCCAAGCCCACGACAGAUCAGUUGCUGGAGGCCAAGACGGAAUCGACGUCUGCCAUGCCAGUUCCCCAACUAAAGCUUGACGCCAAUGGCGAAAUGAUUAUCGAUGAGAAGACCCUGGAAAUCGAGACCACAGCCGAGGUAGAAGCCCGCAAAGUUCUGGCCAAUUCGUCGCUUAUAUUAAUGGAUGAGACCACAGGUGAUAACGGUUUCUAUAAACGCCAUAAGCGAACGCCAUUCUGGACAUCUGAAGAGACGGUCCGCUUCUAUCGGAGCUUGCAGAUUAUUGGCACGGAUUUCUCGCUAAUGUGCCAAAUGUUCCCGGCACGUUCGCGCCGCGAUCUCAAACUGAAGUACAAGAAGGAAGAGCGCACCAACGGGCAGUUGAUCAACAAAGCUCUGCUCUAUCCUAAGGCAUUUAACAUUCAGGAACUGAAGGAUCAGCUGGCGCAGGAGGAUCGUGAGCGAGAGGAGAACGAGCGACAGUGGAAGGAGAUAGCCAACGCGAACCCUGAAAACUCUAAGAAGCGAUCGCGAUCCCAGCACAACAGCAAGGCCUCACGUUCAAUGACUGAUGGAGAUGUUGUCUACGAAAAUGAGCACAUAACCAAGCAGAAGCUCGGAAAGCGGACCUGGGCCAAACGGCGCAAGGCCUUGGAGGCAGGCGAAAACGACGGGAGUGUUCCGGCCAAACGAAAACCCAGGGAAGCCCGUCGGACCGCGAAUACCCAAAAACCAGUGGAAUCCAAUGCGGAUGAAUCGACUCCUAAGACUAUCAAGCAAGAAAAUAUGGUUAAAACCGAACAAAUUGUAAGCCAACUCGCAACAAAGGAUAACCUGACAGCUGAGCUCAAUGAGCUUUUAGAUGACUCCGAGGCGUUAGAAGUAGAAGCAAUAGGCAAGUCCAGUGAUAAACCAGUAGUCAACUUGGAGGAUAGUACUCUGACAUAUGUUAGUGCUGUCGAUUCGGGGAGCGAGGUGCCCAACCGAGGAUCGGAUACCUAUUACAUUAACUUUAUUGAUGAACCAGAUGAAGAUCAGGCCGAAAUCAUAACGCCUGAUGAUCCCCUUCCUUCAAUGACUGCUGAGCCGGACAUAGAACAAAUUAUCGCCGAACUGGCAGAGGGAUCCUUGGCUCUGGUCUCCUCCCUAGAUCCGCUGCAUGAGGAUCGGGUACUCAACGAAAUCUAUAUGCUGGAUAAAAAGACGGGCGAGCUAUGUGAAACACCGCUGAAUAUACCCGAACAUAUAGUACAGUGCAUCAUGAAUGUUAUGCAGUUGGAGGACUAACAGCAUUAUACACAUAUGUAUAUGACAUAAAAUUAUUUGUUACUAAUUAUAAGUUAUUAUACCAUAUUAAUAGACUUAAUUCAUAUUUUUCCUAUUUAAGAAAAUAAAAGAGAAACUGGAAGUUUUCCAACAUAUUUUUUCAACCCAUA